AUGGUGGGAAACCGUAUGUGGUGGUGCCGCCAGCGAAUUGACCAUCCAUUACGUCAGUUGAUGACAUUUCCAAAAGACGACCAACUUAUCUACAAGAUCCAGUUUUUAGGAUUAGAACUCGAUGAUUUACGAUCAGCCGAUUUAGGUGAAUUAAAAUCUAUGUUCCGUAAUGAACAAAUGGCAAUCAACGCACAAGACAUUGCACGCAAAUUCCCUAUUGUCGAAAUCGACACUCGUUAUCAACCGAUUUCCGAUCAAAUCAUCAACAUCAUCAUCGAAGCAUCAUUUCCAUUCAAAUGGGAUCCACAUGUUACUCACGACACAUUGAGUUUCUGGAUCUUCAUUGAAGACGGUAACGGAGAAAAGAUGUAUCUUGCUCAAGAAGUCCAAAUUGAUCGACAUCUUGCUAAUGAUGGCUUCAAAUUCGAAUACCUUGUUCCAGUUUGUGAAAGUCAUAAGUAUUUAGUUACUAUGACAUCUAGCCGCUUUUUAGGUGUUGGUGAUUCACAAUCCAUUUACAUCAAAAACUCAGACCGCGCUACAUUCGAUAGUUUCGAAUCUAAUCCACCUAAUUUGCGUCCACUCCCAGUUACAUCUAUUGAAAACAUUGAACAUCGAAAACUGUUUGGUUUUGAGUUCUUUAACCCAGUCCAGUCACAAGUUUUCUUCCAGACAUAUCGCACUGAUGAAAGUCUCCUGAUUUGCGCUCCUACAGCUGCAGGCAAGACAUCAAUUGCCGAACUUGCGAUUUGUCGCCUUUUCUCAACACAUCCCGAACAAAAAGCAGUUUACCUGGCUCCUCUUAAAGCUAUUGUCACAGAACGUGUUCAAGACUGGCGCAUGAAAUUCGGCGAUAAAUUGAUUGAAUUGACAG